GCGAGGUGCGUUCAGUCUGCGCAUGGACAUCGAUCGAACGACUUCACGUUUCACGUUCUCCUUGAACUCCCGGUCUUUUUACCCGGUUACUAAUAAUAUUUUUUUUUAUAUGAAAAAGUGCAAUUAACUUGAUUGGCUAUUGUUAUUACAUGCUUCCUUUACAGUGAGUAAAGUUCUUGAGAGUGCGGAGCUUUUACUCCAGAGUGGUGACAUUCGUGCUUUUUACCCCUUUUCGAAAAGAAAGAAAAUUAUUUCAGUGUUUAUUCUUCAGUGGAGAAUGCUUGAUUAUUAAUUUACGUCAAUUAAGAGGAAAGCGAUGUUCAAAAGAUUAUCAAAAGCAAGACGUCACAGUGCCGAUGAGGUGGGAUGUCCUCUGCCAAGUACUUUGACUUUGGACGAACCUCCUGGAUUCUUGACACCAAGGAAGAGCUCGGAAGGUCAACUGCAGGGCUUGAAUCCUGCCUUAUUAAGGCCAUCGAGAUCCAAGUAUGGGAGAAAAAGUUGCGGCGACGCCGUUUCGCCUUACACACUUCUCACCUCGGAUGACAACUCAGGAUCAAAUGUUAACUCCGAUACUGAUUAUCAAAUGGUCACUGCCAUGCCAGCAUUUAUUGUCGAACACGAGCCGGAGAAACAAAAAGGCUUAGGCGUUUGGGGAUUGAGGCGGAUGGGCAAGAAGAUAGAAUCAUUUCGCAAAGCGGGAUCUCGAGAGACGAUCAAUUCCAUCACCCCGGAAAGGUCAGAACCUUUUAUGAACAAUAACAACAACAACAACAACAACAUUAGCGAAAAGUUGGAGAGACUCGCCGAGCAGAAGGAGAGGAGGAUAUUCGCGCAAAGAUCGCCGUCUCCUUUUAAAUCGUUUUUCAUCAGGAUGGGCUCCACUGGGAUGUUGAACUCCAAUCGAGGUAGCAAACGAUCGUCUAGCAAUGAGAAGACCCCAGAAAAGGAGAAUCUCUUCAGAAGUUGUAGCACCAGUCAAUUGAACACCAGCCCCACUUACGUGAAAGGUGACGAUCCUUCCGAGGGAAUUGAUCUUCAGAUUAAUAGUCGUAAUAGUCGAAAGGACAAGACUCUGUCGUGCGAUAAUUUGAGUGGGAGAUCCGAUGAUGAUGUGUUCGAUGAUAGACUGAAUGUCUCCCCUUCUCCGUCACUGUCAGUGGGUAGAAUUUUUAGUCCCUGUGACUUUAGCGAGGCGAAGAAUGACAGUCUAAGAAAGUCCAGCAGUUGCGAUUUUAAGGAAGUGAAGAAGACCAGCUUUCCCUAUUCGUUUCUGAGAUCGAAACUCUCCGUUCUGCCUGAGGAGCGCUAUGGAUCGGGCCUGAAGGACGAGAGGUUGUUCAAGACAACUUCGGAGGAGCACUUCCCGGCGCUGCAGAUUGAAGAGUCCUUUGAGGGAACGACCACUCUGGGCAGAAGGCGUCCCAGGAAUCACUUCAACAGAAACGCUCCGUCCAGAUCUCAUGACGUCUCCCGAAUGGGAAGGAAUUCCUACGCGGAAUUUCGAACCGAACGAGUCGAACACGAGCAAGAUCGGUACAGUCUGAAUCCGAGCCACCUGGAGAGGAUCGAGGACGACCUACAGGACACUUACGAAAAUCACCUGAGGAGUCCCCUGUCUCUUCCUCAAUCCCGACUCUCGAUCAACGACUCAAGGUUCGACACCGCAUCACUGAACCACGAAAUCGGUCUGAAUCCUGAUCCGGACAAUCUCGAAAUCACAACCUUGAGGAACCACAGAAGAAAUUCCGCUCCGAGUGGAGAGCAAAGAUUAUCCUCACACUACGUGAGUUCGAACGAAUCCGGCUAUGACAGCGAUGGACCACGAGGCGAAUCGGCAGCAGCUUCGGAAAAUGAAGCCCAGAGUCUCAAGUGCAAUACGGACAGUUCGGACACGAGCAGCGUUGUGGACUCGGAGAUAGAGAAGCCGAUGAUGAGAAGCUCGACGUCUAGUGAAUGCCAGGAGCAGGAGGGCGAGAGCUCAAGGUCGAGCAAGAACGGAGAGAAUGGCAGUGCGGAGGUUGAGGAGAGAAUAGAUGGUCUCAGGUGGCACCAGAGCAGCUCGGGAAGAAUGCUGCCGAGCAUACAUCAGACCUCGCCACUGCCAGGCUCGGAUGGUUUGGGCGUUGCCACCAUGCCCCAUCGGGCGAGGCUCCAGCAGGACAAGACGAGGUUUCUCAGUGACAUCAUCCAGCCACCGAAAAAAGUUCGCAGAUGCCGACUCGUACAGCUCAUCAAGAACGAUCCCAAGGAGAGUCUGGGCAUUAGGCUCGCACAACAACGAAUUGGCGAAAUUCGAUACAUUGUGGUUCAACUCGAAACUGAUGGAAUCGCUCAUAGAGAUGGAAGAUUGAGGUUGGGCGAUGAAAUUGUUGAGGUCGAAGGUAAGGAACUCCGAACACUCGAGAGUCUCGAGCAAGUUCAAGAGUACCUGAAAUCCUUCAAUGGAAAUAAAGUACGACUAAUAACAGCUUAUGAGGAAACAGUGCCGCAAGUUUAUUCGGGCCCUGUUUCGACCGAUGAUUAUGAGUAUGAGAAAAAUGUGAAAAAUCUCACAAAUAUGACAUUGCACGAUAAUAAUAAUGAGAAAGAAAGAGUCGAUUCGUCCACCUGCAAUGAAAAUAAUCAUACCAAAAAGAGACCGGACUUCCUGCCAGUCACGUGUAUCACCACCAGGAAGGAUGUCGACGCCUCCUUGGAAUCCUCGACGGAAAUACAUCAAUACUUGACGAGGCAUAUUGCCAGGUUUGAGAAGGGAUACGGUAAGCCGAGUCUAGGAUUCAGCGUCGUCGGCGGCAGGGACAGUCCACGUGGGGAAAUGGGCAUUUUCGUCAGGCGGGUUUUCCCUGGGGGCCAGGCUGACGUUACGAAAUCCCUCUUUCAAGGGGAUGAAAUUUUGAGCCUCAAUGGAAAAAUAUUGCGAGGAUGCACACAUCAAGAAGUUAUUGAAUUAUUUAAAGCAGUUCGAGAAGGACCAGUCGAAUUAGAUGUGGCAAGGAGACACAGGUACCAAAAGCCGGCUCUAAAGUCUGCACCCUAUUAAAUUUCCAGAAAUUAUUAUCAACCACCAAAAGUGCUCUUUGUUAAAACCAGAGUUUUAUCAAUUUUCCCACAAAGUUUUGAAAAAACUUUUAGAAUCUAGUCUCUCGUGAAAGGAUCAAUUAGAUCUAGACAUUCGUUAUGUUUAAUUUAUUUUCCAUGUAAUUCACAAUGAAUUGUUUAUAGUGCAAUAAGUGACAUUGUUUAUCGAUUAUUAUUAUAUUAAUUAUUACAUAUCAUUAAGAAUUUUAUACGAAGAACGUUAUUGUCAUGAUCAGAAAAAAAAUUUAAUAGAAAAAUUAUUUUAGAUAUAUACUCGAAAAAUGUAAUGAAAAAUUUUACUAAUACAGUUUUCCUAAAAUUUCUCUUUUCAAGGAAAUAAAAUAAAUUAGAGAAGAAGAAAAAAAAUGAUGAUUUAUGAAAACAUUAAAUAAUUUCUUUUAUUUUCACAAAAAUAUGUUACAAAAUUUACAAAAAAAGGAAAAUUAUGUACAUUAUUGUUAUCUUCGUAGAAUAUAUAUAAUAUAUAUAUAUAUAUAUAAAAAGGGUUCGUCACUUUUUGUUAAUUUUUUUAUACUCGUUGAUUUAAUCAGGUGUCAACGAGUAGAAGAUCUGCACAUGAUUUUGCUUUCGAACCUCUGAAACAUUAGAGAAAAAAAUUAUUUUAGUGCAGAUAAUUAUAAGCAAUAUUUUGCAAUAAAGGCAAAAGUUUUUGAAUAUUGUAAAAUUUAUCGAAAAUUUUAGAAAUUAAUUCCUAUGUUUGUAUAUUUAAAGAAAGUAUAAAAGAAUAAUAAAAACUUACAAAUUUUUUCCUAUAAAAA